GGUUAAUAUAAUAGAGUGAGUAAAAUAAGAAAAGUGUAGAUUUGGUCUACAGCCAUUGUAUUGUCUUUUACUAGUUGUGGGUUCGACAAUUUGGGAACAUAACCACUGAUAUGCAAAACUUUAUGAAUGUGUCUGCUACCCGCAUUAAAACAACGCUUAUGGAAGAAAUUGGAGUGUCACAAGGAGAAGCUGAAAACUCCACACAGACGGUGAACGGUCUGUACCUGAAAGCUCUGGAGCUGUGAGGCAGAAGGAUCAGUGUUGGUGGAGAUGCAGCUUGCUGAGGAACUUUCCUUCCCUUUUCUUUAGUGUAAAAUCCAGAAAAUUGCCACAUUUUCCAUUUUGUUUGGCAGCAUUGUUUAUGUCAUUAUUUGCUUUACAAAUUCCAAAAGAAGACACCACAGAUGCCAUUGUUUAGCUGGUGGUUUUAGAAACAUAAAGAAUAAAUUGACUGUAAUAUUAUGGAAGACAUUGAUAGUGAUGAGACGCUGAUUUUGGAUAUGGUAGAGGGACAGGUUCCCUCACAGCAAAAUGACUUGGUGCUACUCUCCAAAAAUGAUGCACAAUAUGAGAGUGAUGAGAUCAUUAUGGAUACUCCACCUAAGGAGAGAAAACAGCUGUUGACAGUAACACCUAAGUCAGAUAUGAUAUCAUCUGCUGUGGAUCUGUCAAAGGGUGACAGUUCAGAUUCAGACAGCAGCUUGUUUCUCACACAGUGUGUGCCACAGCCAAAAAGAUGUUCAGCAAGGAGGGUUGCAAGCACCACAUUUGGCACAGCCAGCCCGAUCAAUCUUGGCAGUAGAAGGAGUUCUAGUAAGAGCAGUGAAGAGGAUGCCAUUCUACCACAGAGACCCCUGAAGAAGAAAAAAAAGAAGACUCCAAGUGUAAGGCUGAAAAACAGACAUCAGUUUUGCAUCAGCUCAGCAGAGCAGAAGAAGCGGGUAAAAUGGAGAGGCUUUUCUUUUCCUUUUGUGGAGAACAAUUAUGGGUUAAAGCAUUUGCCUUUGAAGAUGGUGUUGACUUACGAGCAAGCAGCACUUUUUGGAUUUUGCAUGAACAUGAAAGAAAAGAAAUUCCAAAACCACUUGCAAGUAUCUCUGAAAAAUUUGACCUUUGGAAAAAUGGAAGAAUCAGUGAUGAUCCAAAAACACAAUUAUUUGGAUGACAAUACCCCUGUCUCCCCAAUAGAGUUAGAAAAUACAACUGUUUCUGAAGAUGCUGAAGAGCAGAGUGAUGUAAAAAUUGUUGAAAGUACCAAUUUUAUUUUUAAUUCAAAAGUCUAUGGGCAGAAGAAUGGUAAAAAGAAAAAUAAAUUUGGACAUAGCGGAAAUGAUGCCUCCUCAAAAGAAAUUUCUACAUUAUCAGACAGGGGGAUUGUGGACGAUAAAUUCACAAGUAAGGCAAAAUCGAGAAAGAAGGAACCUAGAGGGACCCAGGAAGUUAAUGGUAGUAACUUGGAAAAUUCAGAUUUCCACAGUCUUGAAGUGAACUAUGGUAGUUUUGAAGAUGCCAGAGUUAACGGUCAAGACAAGUCAACGCCAGUAUCAUUAGUAAAUGUUAAAGAAAAAAGGCUUUCUAUAAAGAAAAAGAGAAAACUGCUAAACCAAAGUGAGAUCAGGGGAAUGGUUAUGACAAUGGAGAGGUUUCAUGAAGAUGUUAUUUCAGAAGAAGUGUGUACUCUUCAGGACAAAGAUGAACAAAACCAAAAUAGGGAUAUUGGUGAAAUAAUGCAACAAGAGCCAGUGACUGAAUUGGGCUUGGUACAAUCUGGUGAUAAAGAAAUGACUGCAAGCAAUUUUGAUGCUUUCGAGAGCAAUAUUGUGAGUGACACAUUCACAGAAAAAAAGAAAAGACAAAAAAAACAUUUAACACUGGAAGAAACUGGAAGGCACAGAUGGAAUCCCCGCCUAGCUCAGGAAAGUGGUGGUGGAGACAAGUUUCUUGAGAAUAGAGCCCCAUGUAGCACAACAGUAGAAAUAUCUGGGAUGGAAAAUAAUACAGAAAUGGGAUUUGACUUGCUGACUUUUCAACAAGAACAAGAGGUGGAAGGCGCUAUUCAAAGUGGACUCAGUGAAAAUGAAACUUUGAUUAGAAGCACUGUGGGUAUAUGUGUGAGGAAAAAGAAAAUUGGAGAUCAAGCUAAGGUAGUAAGUGUGCACAUGCACCAAGAUACUAGAACUGCAAAUGGUUUACCAUCCUUUGAAGAUGAGUCCCUGCUUAGCAAAAACGUAGAAGUAAGUAGUAAAAAAAAGAAUCAGGUGAAAAGAGCAACUGUUUCAGAUCCUGCUGAUAAAGAUAUUUUUAGACAAGGUGAAUCGCUACCUAACUGUAAUACUGAAACACAGCCUGAAGCAUCAAGGAUUCGUGAAGAGUUAGAGAGCAUUCUUGACAGUACAUCAUUUGAAAAUAGAGAUCUGCUUAAUGUCAAUAUAGGAAAAUCUGGGACCGUAAAGAAUAAUGAAGAACAAGAGCCUAAAAUCUGUAAAGAAAAAUACAAGAAAAGGAAAAAGGUCCAGGAAGCUGAACUGUCAGACAUCCAGCAAGAAGAGGAAAGUAAUACUGCUAACAUUGUGCCCUGUGAAAAUGAAACUCUUAUUAGCAGCAGCAAAAGAAAGUCUCUCAAAAAAAAGAAAAAACGGCUUGAAGCUGAAGGAUUUGGUGUCCAUGUGCACCAAGGUACUAUGGUAGAAUAUAGUGAUGCAUCGUUCAAUAACGGAACUCUGCUGGCAAACAAUGUAGUUGUAACUAGUGCCAAAAAAAAGAAACCUUUAAAAGGACCCCAACAGUCAUGUCCUAUUGCUGAAGAAUCUAUGCUUAGUUCUAUUAAUCAAACUGCUAAUGAACAGGAGCCUGAACCAUCAAGGGUCUGUCAAAAGGGAGAGAGCACUGCAAAUGGUAAACUUGUCAGAAAUGUACUUCUCCUCAAUACCUACACAGAAGAACCUGAGAACGUAAAAAAUAAAAAAAGGGAGUCCAAAGACAUGCAUAAACUACACGAUGCUGUGCCUGUUUGUACAAAAGAAGAGAAAAAAAAGAAAAAGAAAAAUAUUCAGGACUCUGAACUGCCAGGGCAACAGCAUGAGGAAGAGGUGGAUGGCACUGUUAGCACUUCAUUUGUCGAAAGCAACUAUAUAAAUAAAUCCAUCAGAAAAAGAAAAAAAAUGAACAAAUAUGACGUUUUAGAUGUACAGGCACACCAUGAUGUUAUAAGUACUAUCAGUGGUGCAUCAAUUGAAAAUGAAUCUCUGUUCAUUAGCAGUGUUAAAGUAAAUAGUGGGAAAAAGAAGAAACAGGCAAAAGCAGCUCUAACAGCAGAUUUAAAAGAGAGUGUUGUGGCUGAAGAUGAUGUACUUGGGGAAAAUGUAUUUUCAGUUACCUGCAAAGCUGGGAAUUCUACUACAAAGGAAAGGGUAUAUAAGCAUAAACUAUUAGGGCACCAGCAAGAGAAAGAUGGGAGCAGUGCUUUUGACAAACAUGAGAAGGUAAAAAACAAAGAACAGCAGCCUAUAGUUACAGAUGAUCUAAACAACUCUGGGCCAAUUGCUGGUAAAAAGGAAAAGAAAAAAAAGAAAAAGGCCCAGGAUCCUAAACUAUCAGAGGUCCAUCAAGAAGAAGAGUUAAAUGACACAGUUGAUAGUACACUUGUUGAAAUUGGAACUCCUUGUAAGGCCAGUGCAAGUAAUUCUGUCAGAAAAAAGAAAAAAAAGAACAAAAAUAAAGAGCUGCACAAUGAUGUUCAAACUAAUAUUCGUGGUACCUCCAUUGAAAAUGAAUCUUUGCUUAGCAGUUGUGAUGAAGUAAACAGUGAAAAAAAGAAGAAAGCAGCUUGUAAGUCAGAAAGUGCUGCUGCUGAAGAGGCUUUUAGGGAAAAUGGAUUUACACUUAGCUAUAAAAGUAGAAAGUCUACUACAAAGGAAAAAGCAUUUAAGUAUAAAAUGUCAGAGAAAGAGGGACAUCACACUGUUAAUAAUGUACCUUUUGAAGAUGAACCUUUGCUUGGCUCCAGGGAUGGAAAACAUGAUAAGACAAAAAAAAAUAAAAGACAUGAGUAUAAAGUUGUAGAUGAUCUAAAUGACCCAGAGCCUUUUAGGACUGAUAAAGAGAAAAACAGAAAAAAUAAAAGAGUUGAGAACAUUCAGCAAUCAAUGAUCCCUCAAGCACAAGAGACAGGCAACAUUGCUCAUAGUACAUCCAUUGAAAGUGGCACUGAGCCUAUCUGCAGUAUAAGUAAAUCUGCUCAUAAAAAGAAAAAAAUGUGUAAACCAGAUAUUCUGGAAGAGCAAGCAGGUAUUAAUGGCAGUGCAUUCAAUUUAAAUGAAACUUGGCUUGACAGUAGUGUUGGAGAAAAUAGGGCAAAAAAGAAGAAACCAACAAAGAGAGCUCAACCUUCAGAUGCAAAGGAGACUGAUGAUACUGAUAUUUUAAGUGAUAAUGGAUUUACAAUUUGUGGCAAUAUUGUAGAGUCAAAAAAAAAGAAAAAAGUACUUGAACUUGAAUGUUCAGGAGUCCAGCAACCAGGAAUAAACCCUGGUGAAGGUGAACAGUGUGAGAACAAUGCAAGAAAGACUAACACCAAAAAGAAAAAAAAGAAACAUAAAUAGCCAUAUCUCUCGCAUAAGUAUCCUUUCGGUGAAAUAAAUCUUCACUUGACCCAAGAGAAGAGCACAGAGGGAAAAUAAUCCUGAACUGUCCGGUUUCUAGGAAGAGAG